CACGACGUAAGGCUGCGUGCCCGACGCCGCACGCACGGUGAGGGCAGGGAGGGCGAGGCGCAGCCCACCGCCGGAGCGCCGCGGGGGUGCAGAGGGGCCGAGCCGCCGCGGGGCGGGUGCGGAGAGGGGUGGCGGAGAGUGGAGGCGUGGAGAUGACACCAGUUACUCGACAAGAAGUUCUUGGCCUUUACCGCAAGAUAUUCCGGAUAGCCAAAAAAUGGCAAUCAGCAUCAGGACAGGUAGAAGAAACUCUUAAAGAGAAAGAGUACAUUAAGAAAGAAGCCAAAACAUUGUUCCGAAAAAACAAAGAUGUAACAGAUCCAAAGUUGAUUAAGCAGUGCAUAGAAGAAUGUGAGGCAAGAAUAGAAAUUGGACUUCAUUAUAACAUCCCCUACCCAAGACCUAUUCAUCUGCCUCCUAUGGGUCUUGCCCAUAAACAAGGCCGUACAUUUCGACAGCAGGAAAAGUUGAGGAAGAUUUCUAAGCCAAUAUACCUGAAAUCCCAUGAUGAAAUUUCAUAACCCAUCACUGAACUGUGAUGUGUUUGGACUGUAAUUCAGGAAUGGUGUGGAGCCUCUAUGUCAGCUUCACCUUCCUUUGGAGAGGGCAUGGAGAUGAAAUGCAAAGCUUGGAAUCCCAUUACACAACUAAGAGCAAAACAUUCCAGUGUUGGAUUCCUCAUGUUCUCAUGUAUGAACUGACUGAAAACUUUCCCUUCAGGGUAUCACUGCAGAAGCAAACUUAAGGUAAUUAAUCUUCCCUGUGCGUUUUUACAUGCUUAGUCUUUCAACAAAAUCAGCACCCUGGCUUUCUCAGCAAUUAUGUUCGCAUUAGGUUUUUUACUGAUGACAUACAGAACAGAAUGACAGUUCUUCCCCCAAGAAUGUACUUACAAGAGUGGGAAAAAAAAAAAAAACAACAGGCAGAUGAGAAAGUACAAGGAAACAAUGAGAAGAGCUAGUCAGCAUGACAGGUACUGGCUAGUCCAAUUUCUGACUACCUUUUAUGGCUCCAGUCCACAAAGCUAUCUAUUCCCAUAUAAUUAUUUCCUUGGAAUGCCUUAUGUGGGAAGUACUUUGCACUGAACAUGUUAAAUGCCAUUGUUUUGCCUGUCAGUGGGAGCUUUGCAAAUUUACUGAUGCCAAGAAAACACAAAACUCCUUUAACGUAGGAAGAGGAGGGUUAAGUCAGAGACAGUAAAAAUAACAUUAUGUGCCGCAUAGUCCUUCACUGAAAGAAGCUCUUUCUUUUCCUGUCCUUAGUUCUGAUACACUAAUGUGGAGAUAUGUCAGCUAAACCAAAGCAAACCUUGUAGAGACAAGGGUUUUGAAAGGAAGCUUAGGCUUAUUCUUUGUCAUGAAACUAUGACUUUAAUCUUUUUAAUUUUUAAAAUUUAUGUGGCUAAUGAAGAUACUGAUGCUGUGAUUCAUCAGACAUAGAGUCAUGUAAAUAGGCAGUCUAAAUUUACUGUCUGUUUUAUAGGCACAACUCUUUCUUGAGUGAGCAUCCAUCCUUAAAAUUAUGGACAUUUUACGUGAAAUUGAAAUAAUAGUAUGAAUUUAAGUUUAUUUCUGAAGGGAAAUAUAAAUAUUCAGUUUUUUAAAAGGCUCAAGUAGACUACAGAAACUUAGAUGAGUAUCCAACUUGUUCAACUGAAAAUCCAGUUAAAGUUGAACUUCUGUAAUAGCAUCACAUUAUUUGAGAUGCUUUUAAAUGCUAAACAGCCUAUUAAUUUUCCAAAGUAAGUGUUUGAGAAAUGAUUAACUGCUGACUGAUCCUCAUCACUUUCUAGCACCAGGAGGCAAAGACUGAAAUUCCUUAAAACCUCAGGCUGUUCAGCUAAAGGAAGGACUACAUCAACUCUAUUGUCGAGGUUGGAGAGCAAAGCCAUUCUUUCACAGCUCAAGUUAAACAUUGUAUGAGGCAAGAGAACCAGUCUCAAACAAGAGUCCUUUGUUUUUGAGGUCAAAGGUUGGCAGAUGUCUCAACUGGUACUCCUUUAAAUUCCAAAGACCACGUAACUUCUGUCAAUAAGUAUUCCUACACAUUAAUUUUAAUUGCAAAAAGAUGCUGCACUGAAAUGCCUCUGAGUUCUUAAGAGUUUAUCACGCACUGGAUUCAGUCAGUCAGUGUACACUCUGUCCUGUACUUCCUUAACUCCUCUUACUCUCCUUCCAGUAAAUACUGUCUCUUUCCAAUUUAUCAUGCUAGUCAGGAGAUGUUUUAGAAUAAUAACCUGUCAGAUUAAUUGGAUAUUCCUUAGAAAUAAAACCUGAGUCAGCUUCCUGAACUCUCCUGCAAGCUAACUAGUAGACAAUGCAUGGGUGAUUUGUUGACAGGACAUGUGGCCUUGAAUAUCCAAAUAUCAUCUCUUCCCUGGAAAUCUUCUCCCUAAUUUCAUCAUUAGAAAGGUUACAACAAAUGCAGCCAAGCAUUUAUAAACCCAAGCUUAACACUAUGAUCAUUUAAGAUCAUUAUGCAAUGAUCAUUUAAGCAGAUAUCAGACUUGGGACCUGAAUAUGCCCACUCAAUAUUUUCUAGGGGUGAAGAAAUUCUGAUUAAGUUGCCACAGUGACCCAAUCUAUGCCAAGGGAAGUAUCACAAAACAGAGUUUAAGAAGGAAUCGGUCAUCUGAUACAUCUUCCUAGUAAUGCAAGUUUGUUCCUGUAAUCCCAUUUAGAUCUGGAGAAAAUAAGGCAACCUCACUCUUUUGGGGCCCUACUAUAAGUCUGUCAGAACUGACAUCAGUAAUAUCCAGCUUUUAUCCACAAACAGAACAGUCACUUAUUCGAUCACACCUAUGAAUUCAAUGUCAAGCAUACUAAAUACAGGAGAGACCUGCACCUUUCCCUAUUUUCUCUAAUUGAAUUCUAGCUUACAGGAAUCUCUCAGUAGGAGAAUUUGAGGCCUUUACAUUGUCUUUUUGCCUUCUCAUUGUAUAUUUUUCUCUUUUAGCAGCCCAGUGUUUUUAACAGUGUUAAAAUCAGAUGUGACCCUUUCUAUUUCGGAAACAGCUUUUGUACAGAUAAGGUGUAAGAAAAGUUUGCAUUUCCUGAGAAAAUGUACUAACCUAACCUGUCUUACAGCAUCCCCAGCUGAAAGUCUAUCUGCUGUUUUUAAGGAACGAAUCUCUCUUGUUCUGUAAUGCCUGUAUACUGCAUUUUUUUCCAUCGGCUUUGAGUUAUUAGUAAGGCUGAGAAUCUAUGAUUUGUAAUAAUUACAGGUUGGGUUUGUGUGUGUGUGUGUGUGGUUUGUUUAAUAAGAGUUUCUAAUUGAGAAAGGGAAAUCGUAAGUCUGUAGAGUCAAGAAUUCUAUUACUACUGCUACAAGGAAUUUCAUAUGUCCUUUUUUUUCCUUUUUAUAAUGAGAUUAAAGUUGGUCCAACUAAGAGUUGGGUUGCCUUUUUUUUUUUUUUUGAAUGCAUCUCAGCCAAGAAAGGUUGUGAGGUCUAAUGUCUGGACCGUGAGUGUAUCGUUCUUCAGGAAGGCACAGACAGUGCUCAAUAAAAAGUUGGGAAGUUCAUUUUCAAUAAUCAAAAGAAUCACAGAAAAAUCUCUCUAACAGAGUAAAUUCCACUGCUUUCUCUCUAAUAGUAAGGGCAGCCCAGGAAAUCACAUACCUCUUCAAGACUUCAGUGUUUAUCAGCUAAAGCAAUUCAGCUGUACCUGAUCCCUGGCAACGGGGGACAUAGCAAAUGACAGAUAAAUGAACCCUCUCUUAAGGACUUCUCUAUUAUUUAGAUAUUUUGGUCACAUCUACAAAACCUUGAAUUACAUCUUUAAAUAUGUUCUAAGAGAUGCCUUAAUCUCAAAUCUAAACAUUAACACAGAAGAAACAUUUAGAAUAUCAACACAGCCUUUGUACACAAUAUAGUAGCAAAGCCACUGUAUAUUCACAAGACCCACAGCUGUCAUUUAAAUAACUAUCAGCUAGUGUUUGUUCACGAAAAGACAGUAAAAAGAAACCCACACAACAGACUCCAUAUUUUUCAAUGGUUCAAAAGUAAUUGAUCUCAAAAAAAUAUAAUUCAGCUAGCAUACACUACUGAAUCUGGCUUUUAAUUUAUAAUGGCUUACUUUAGAGGACUGUUUACAGAACUAGCAUUAUCCAAAGAAGGAGGGAGAAACUCAGUCCUAAAAUUUUAACUUCUCUCACAUCAAGUGAUCAUAGUCAGUUACAUGCAUAAGCUCAAAUGUAAAAAGAAAGCUCCUUUCAAGAGCAGUGGCUCAACUGACUGAUCCACAAGGAAAGAUCUACAGCCAGGUCCAGGCUCCUUGGACUAUGUGCAAACAGGCUGGUGACUGAUUUGUUUUAUCUGAUGUCACAGUGACCUAAUCAGUGAUCUGAUAAUCACAACAAUUAGAUGCAACUAUUCAAAAGUAUUGUAAUUACCACUUUGUUUAAAUACGUACUAAAUUUCAGUUAGUUUUAAUGAUAUGAAAAGUAGAAACUGUCCAUGUUACUUUUAUGAAAACUAAGAAAGGAUUAUGUUUCUAAAGGAGAAAUUUUAAUUAAUCUUAAUUUACUUAUAGAACUUCUGUAUAGUUCUCACCUCAAAAAUGAUGUCAUUGUGGGUGACCAUGUAACAUUCAUAUACAAAAAAUCUUAUCUUUGCUGCAGGUGUCAAACAUAAUUUCAUCUGAAUUGUUACGGGUAGUUUCUCCCUAUCAGUAAGUUGAAAGACCUGUAUGCCUCUGUUCCCUUUAUUAAAACAAAUAUCCAUUAA